UCUAAUGACUAAGAAUGCAGAAGAAAUGUUAAAAGCCUUUAAGAAUUUAAUAUACAAAAUGCCAAUGAAACCACAUAGAAUUUUUUCAGAUAAAGGCACCGAGUUUAAAAAUAAGCAUUUAAAAGAGCUUUUUGAAAAAGAGGAUAUUGAAAAAUAUGAGGCAAAUCAUUCUAAAGUAAAAGCAUCAAUAGCUGAGAGAGCAAUUAGGAAUUUAAAACAGCGUUUAUAUAGGUAUUUUGCACAAAAACAGACAUUAAAAUGGAUAGAUGUCUUGGAAAAAAUUGUUCAUGGAAUAAAUCAUUCAGUAUCCAGAGUUCACGGAUUGCGUCCAAUUGACGUUAAUUUUAAAAAUGCUCAAACUGUAUGGAAAAAGAUUUAUGGGAAUAUUUCUUCAGGGGUCAAAAAUAUUAAAUCGAAAUAUAAUAAAGGUGAUUACGUUCGAUUAAGCCGAGACAAGGGACAUUUUGAAAAGGGGUACCUGCCAAACUGGGGUGAUGAGAUAUUGCAAGUAGAUGACGUGAAGAGCACUCAAUCUCCUAUCACAUAUAAAAUAAGAGAUGAUAAAGGAGAUAAAUUCAAAGGGUCUUUCUAUAGAGAGGAGCUAACAAGAGUAAGGAAAGAUGACGAGACUGAAUAUCGUAUUGAGAAGAUAUUGCGUAAAAGAAAGCGUGAUGGAACUAAAGAAUUUUUGGUAAAAUUUAUUGGAUAUCCAGAACCCGAAUGGAUUCAAGAAUCACAAUUAGUAUAA